GGUUUUCUCAGAAAAACAAUGUAAAGGUUCACAUGAGGACACACACCGGGGAGAAGCCGUAUGUGUGCGACUGGCCUGGCUGUGAGUGGAGGUUCGCUAUUAAAGGCAAUUUGGAUGAGCACAAGAGAGUACACGCGGGAGAGAAGUUCUUCAUAUGCGACUGGCCCGGUAUGUACAGCGCCCGAUGUUACAGGAAUUGUAGUUUUUACCCGUAUUUUGUCACACUUAUAGGCUGCACCCGUAGCUACACACAGAACUCGCAUCUCCGUCGCCACAAACUGGUGCACACGGAGGAGAAGCCGUUUGCGUGCGAUUGGCCCAAUUGUAACUACCGGUCGGUGCGCUCGUGCGAUGUGGCCAACCAUCGGGUCACUCAUACCGGAGAGAAGCGGUUCGUGUGUGAAGUGGUCGGCUGUGAGAAGGCGUUCACUCGCGGCCAUCAUUUGCGCCGACAUAUGCUUACGAAUCACUCGAUCGAGACGUACGAAGAGAAUGCCGAAGCGGACGAAGAG